AUGGCUGAGAGCUACAAAGCUAGAAAGGAGGCCUUCGUCUCGAACCUCUCGGGCAGCAGCGUAUGGGAUAUCCACACGGUUUCAGCUGUUGUCCCGAGUGCGGUUCUGCUCUGGUCCGUCCUUCAAUCGCGCCGCUCGCUAUUUACUCCCUAUGAACUACCGGCUGUGAUAGCAGACUUCCUUUUGACCGUUGUGACUGUACUAUUCGCAGUGACGGCAUACUCUUCCUCGCCGAUAGUGCUGAAUAUACUGCUUCUCUCUCCCGCCGCUCUCCUCCUGUUAAGCACCAAGCCCAAAAAUGUACGGCAAAAGGCAAAGCCUCCACCAGGGUCUACAAAGAGCACGGCACACCAGGGCCAGGGAAGCUCUGAUGCUGCGUUAGACGCCCUCCCACAGCGUCCAUUUCUCACCCACUACCGAGCAAGUCUGAUGAUAAGUACCUGUCUGUCGAUCCUGGCGGUUGACUUCACUGUGUUUCCUCGGCGGUUCGCAAAGGUGGAAAACUGGGGGACCUCCCUCAUGGACCUGGGAGUAGGCUCGUUCGUCUUCUCGGGGGGCGUCGUUUCAGCGCGUUCGAUACUGGGACGUGGUAGUGCCGCCUCCCGGGGCUCGUUCGCAAAGCGCUUACUUGCAUCUGCACGCCACUCCAUUCCUCUCCUGGUACUGGGCCUGAUUCGUCUGUACAGUGUCAAGGGGCUGGACUAUGCAGAGCACGUAACGGAAUAUGGUGUGCACUGGAAUUUCUUCUUUACUCUAGGACUCCUCCCGCCCUUUGUGGAGAUAUUUCAUGCCAUGACCGCACUGAUCCCGUGGUAUGAGGCCCUCUCGCUGCUCGUUAUCGGAGCGUACCAGGUAGCGCUAGAAUCCACGAGCUUGAAGGAGUACAUCUUGGUCUCUCCACGGGGCCCGUCUCUGCUGUCCAAGAACCGAGAGGGAGUGUUUUCCUUUCUUGGGUAUCUUGCCAUCUUCCUGUCUGGCCGAGCAGCCGGUUUGCGGAUAAUACCUCGCAAACCGCGCAGAACCUUACUCAUCCAGCUGGUCUCAUGGUCAGCAGUGUGGGCGACCUUAUUCAUUCUCAACUCCUCCUACUUCUUCGGGUACGGUGCGGGAAUCCCGGUCUCCCGCCGACUGGCUAAUAUGCCGUAUGUCUUUUGGGUUAAUGCAUUCAACAUGACCCAUAUGCUGCUCUACUGCCUCAUAGAGACCGUCGUCUUCCCGUCGGUGGAGAAGGCGUCAAAUAAGAAAGAAGAGGCGGAACAAAGCGAGUAUGCAACGAGCAGGGUCAUGCGGUCAUUCAACAAGAACGGGCUGGCCAUCUUCCUCAUUGCGAACUUGCUUACAGGGGCUGUCAACCUGGGCAUGAACACGCUCGACGCCCGAAAGGAACUGGCCAUGGCGGUUUUGAUGCUAUAUUCGGUCAUCCUGACUGCCAGCGCAUUGGCGCUUGAUUUCUGGAAUGUAAAACUCAGGCUAUAA